GCGCUGAAAAAUCGUCGGUGACGUCGGACGACUGUAUCCGCCCCGUGCUCAGUCAGUGCUCGCGGGUUGCUGCAGAGAGAGUGAAGAAACCUGGACGACCAGAGACGAAAUUUCAAUCUUCAAUACAACAUCGCUAUGGGAUUUCUUCCUUUCUUCCAGAACGAAGCUCUCAUCCCGUACUAUCUAAAACCCGUGCAUUUCGUGACAGUGACUUUAAAAAACUGCCGGUGGAAGAAAUACCAGUUUUAGAUUAGGCGAGCAAUAGGCUAGUAAUUGUAAUAUGGGUGUCCUCUUGAGGGAGAUGCCGCCUAUCAACCAGGAUGCUUCAUUAGCUCAGUUAUAGAAAUGGGCCGAUUUUAAGCUACAUUAAUCAUAUUGGAACAUGCUUGGGAAAAUGUCAGUGAUCUAUGUACCUCUGACGCUGCUGCUCGCGCUCGUCGGCGACGUCCCUGCCCAGGCGGCGGCCCUCGGCGGCGCCAACGAGUCGCUCUCCGCCCUCCAGUACCGCCACACCGACCCCGAAACCGGCGGGCAGCUGAUGUGCGACAAGUGCCCGGCGGGCACCUACGUGUCCCGGCACUGCACCGGGACGGCCGUGCGGGAGUGCAGCCGCUGCCCCGACGGGGGCUUCACGCGCCGGGAGAACGGGAUGGACAAGUGCCACCGCUGCAGGCCGCCGUGCGCCCCGCCCUUCGCGGAGAAGGAGGCGUGCACGGCCUCCACGGACCGCGAGUGCGCCUGCCCGCCGGGCACCUUCGCCAGCCAGACCGGGUGCAGGCCGCACUCCCCGUGCGGCAGGGGGUCGGGGGUGAGGAGGCCGGGCGGCGAGUCGGAGGACGUCAAGUGCAGGCCGUGCGUGCGGGGUUCUUUCUCGGACACGUCCUCCACCGUGGACAAGUGCAGGCCCCACACCGACUGCCUGGCCCUGGGCCUGGUGCUCACGGUCCGGGGCACGAAGGAAUCAGACAACACCUGCGGGCCCCCGCCCGCCGCCGGCCCCGCCCCGCCCUCAACCCUGCCCCCGACCCCGCCCUCGAACCCGGAGCCGUCCGAGCCGGCCGAGGCUUCCUUAGCAGUUGUGACGUAUGAAGACACCAUUGACUUCACAUCAGUUGUCAAGGACUCAGAGCUGUCGCUGAGCAGCAAAGGAACUUUCCCAAGCAACACAGACAGUGGCACAGUAGACUUGACCAACAUGGCCGCCGCCAUCGCCGCCGCCGCCGCCACUGCCGCCGCCGAACCCGAACCCGCCGCCGACCCCCUGUGGACGCAAGGCGAGCACGCCCGCGACCGCCAGAGCGGGCCGCCGGACGGCAAGCAGGCGGCGGGCCCCCCGCCGGAGGGCAGGCCCCAGAGCGCCCCCUACAGGCCCACCCGCAGGGGCUCCCCCAGGCCGAGCGCGCACAAGCGCUUUGACAUCAACGAGCACCUGCCCUGGAUGAUCGUGCUGCUGCUGCUGCUGGUGCUGGUGGUGAUCGUGGUGUGCAGCGUGAAGAGGAGCUCGCGGACGCUGAAGAAGGGCCCCCGCCAGGACCCCAGCAGCAUCGUGGAGAAGGCCAUCCAGAAGAAGCCCGCCGCCCCCACGCACGCCAAAGAGAGGUGGACCUACUACUCCAAUGGCCAGGGCGUGGAUAUCCUGAAGCUGGUGGCCGCACAGAUCGGCAGCCAGUGGAUCGAGAUGUACCAGUACCUGGCCAACGCCACCGAGCGCGAGGUGGCGGCCUUCUCCAACGGCUACUCGGCGGACCACGAGCGGGCCUACGCCGCCUUCCAGCACUGGACCAUCCGCGACGGCGACGCCAACCUGGCCAAGCUCAUCGGCGCCCUGCACCGGCAGCGGCGCAUCGACGUGGUGGAGAAGAUCCGCUGCGUGAUGGAAGACAAUCCUCAGUUCGAUCUGAACCAGCUGAUGACCUCUGUGAAUGUAACCCAAUGCCUCAGCCCGAGCCACAAGCCUCUGGAGUCGCCAGGCGCUGCGGCGGCGGAGCGGUCCCCCGUGGACCGGACCAAGGGCUUCUUCGCCGACGAGGCGGAACCGCUGCUGCGCUGCGACUCCACCUCCAGCAAGGACUCCGCCCUCAGCAGAACCGGCUCUUUCAUUACCAAAGAGAAAAAGGACACGGUACUGCGGCAGGUUCGCCUGGACCCCUGCGACCUGCAGCCCAUCUUCGACGACAUGCUGCACAUCCUGAACCCCGAGGAGCUGCUGGUCAUCGAGCGGAUCCCCCUGGCCGAGGACAAGCUGGACCGGCUGUUCGAGAUCGCCGGGGUCAAGAGCCAGGAGGCCAGCCAGACGCUCCUGGACUCCGUGUACAGCCACCUGCCGGACCUGCUGUAGCGCAGGGAGACUCUUUCAGACCACUGUCCCCACACGCCGGCCAGGCAGUGGAGGGGGGGGGUGGGGGGGAGCUG